CCCCCCUCUAUCUCCGAUCGGUAGUGGAGGGUAGGUCUAUGGUGACCGACAGGUUAUGUGCGCGUGAUCCGAGCGUAAACAUUGCCAGUGUCGCUCGAGUCCCGCGCGCGAUUCAUAAAUUAACAAUAAUCGAUUAAAAGAACAUAAGCGCGAAUCAAUGACACUUGACUUCCUGGCAUAGAACUCGGGGCUGCUGCCAUGGAGGUGAACGACCAGGAGAGUGAUUCCGCGACUUGUCUUCCCGCGGCAGUUGCCAGCGAUAACGUCGACGCGGGCAACGAUGAAGCGAUUCCCGAAUCGUCGGCGUGCAACAAGCAGAGCGCCAAUAGGUCGGAAACGGAGGACGCGUCAGGGUCUUCCGGCAGUGACGCGGUUGACGCCUGCAAGGAGCCGGGAUUCAAGAAGCCGCUUCUGCUCAUCGGCCCCAAGCGGGGUAAGAUCGGAAAAAUUCGGACGGUCAACGACAAUGCGGUGUUCUCGCUGUCUGAAUUGUCCGCGAGCAAGGAGGCUGCCGAGCCCGUUCAACUGAACGACGCUGAUGAUAGCAGCGACAGGUGGGAAGGUGCCGCGGAGGAGCAUGUCCCGUCUGACGCGAGAAAUAUUCCUGUACCGUACCUGGAGCCGAAGUGGGGUGGGAAACCAAUCUCGGGGUACAAGCUGGAGAUUCUCAAGUCGGGGAUGAUUCUGGAGAAGAUCGACUUAACCGAGAGGAGCUUUUACGUGAUCGGGAGAUUGCCCUCCUGCAACUUGUCCCUCGCCCAUCCGACCAUCUCGAGGCACCACGCGAUUAUCCAGUACAGAGCGACCGGGGACGAGAAGAACUCCACGGGCUUUUAUUUGUACGACUUGGAGAGCACGCACGGCACAUUCUGGAAUGGGCAUCGCAUAAAAUCGAGGACCUACGUUCGGUUACAUGGCGGCCAUAUGAUAAGGUUCGGCUGUAGCCAUAGAAAAUACAUUCUGCAGGCCCCACUGAACGACCAGGAAGAAGAAUCCGAACUGACGGUUACUCAGCUCAAAGAAAAACGAUUGGAAGAAUUGCAGGAGCGAGAGAUUAGGCAGAAAGAAGAGGAAGAGGCGAAGGAAAGAGCGAGGCAGGCAGCGGAGGACGAGGGCAUUGAUUGGGGAAUGGGAGAAGAUGCCAACGAGGAAACGGACUUGACGGAGAAUCCCUAUGCUUCUAUGGUAGACGAAGAGCUAUACUUAGAUGAUCCCAAGAAAACACUGAGAGGCUGGUUUGAAAGAGAGGGAUACGAUUUGCAAUACCAAGUAGACGAGAAAGGGAUAGGCCAGUUUUUAUGUUGGAUAAAUUUACCAAAAGAAUGCUUCGGCGGUCGAGUCGUGAAAGCAGAAGCCCUCGUCAAAGGAAAGAAGAAAGAAUCCGUUGUCCAAUGCGCUUUGGAAGCCUGCAGAAUCUUGGAUAGGCACGGAUUAUUGAGACAAGCUAAUCACGAGAGUCGAAAGAAGAAAGCAAGAAAUUGGGAAGAGGAAGAUUAUUACGAUUCGGACGAGGAUAACUUCUUGGAUAGAACAGGAACAGUAGAGAAGAAACGCGAGCAGAGGAUGAAACAAGCUGGAAAGUUUGAGGAAAAAGUCGAGACAUAUAGCUCAUUGACUGAGAAACACAGCGAGAUUACAAACAAAAUUUCACGUUUGAACGCUCGUUUGAGAGACGCACAAGAGAAAAGUGCUAAGGCGGGGGAGUCCAACGAGGAUUCGCUGGAUGCUUUUAUGUUGAGCUUGAAUACGUCUACUUUGAGUAAAGGCGACAUAACGAAAAUGAAAGUAGAAUUGCAGAACCUACGUAAAGAAGAAAUGAAACUUGUCAAAUUAAUAAACCUUACGAAACCGGCCAAUUUGCCGCCUCUUGUUAGCCAAGAGCAAGCAGAAAACGAGAAGAAUGACGUGCAGCAAAGUUCGAAACUUUCUAUGAGAAAGGUUUCCCAGCUUGAAAAAAGGCGAAAGCUUUUCGAGGCAAAUAACAAAGGGGAAAGAGAUUCAUCAACUUUACAUAGUGACAUGGAUAAUGAAGAAGAAGAAGAAGAAGACGAUCAAGAACAAAAAAAUGAAGAUGACGUAAAAGAGAAGGAAGACGAGGAUGUGAAUGUACACAAGUCCGAAUGCAAAGAAUCUAUACCACAUAAGGACGAAACGGAAUCGAAUAGGAUAAAAGUCGACAAAUCGUGUGUCACGAAAAACGUUAAUCAGGAAACGAGGAAACAAAACGUCGCAGACGAGAAAAAACGAAAGAAGGAUAGUAAAUCAGAGAGGAUGAAAAGUGCAAAAAAGCAAUACGAUCAAGACGUUUACUCAAAUGACUAUUCUACGUGGGUCCCGCCGCAAAAUCAGUCUGGGGACGGCAGGACAAAUCUGAACGACAAAUAUGGAUAUUAAAUUAGCUCUAGCGUUACGUAUGUAAAGAAAAGCGAUGUAAAUACUUCCCCGAUCAAGAGUUUGCGUGGCGUUACGUAGUAUUAAAAAAAGGACUGUUUAUUUUUUACACAUGGAUCGUAUUAAAAAUCAUAUACAAUAACUAA